CAGGAGAAGCUACAAGCGAAACACUGCGAAUGAGACACUGCUCAACUGCUCAACGGUGAAUCCAUUACGUAGCGAUAUUCGAAUCUAAAUAGAAAAGAAUCUCUGGUCUUGGUAGAAUCCAUUAGAAGUGUACACGAAAUUUGACAUGCCUGGGCGUGCACUAAUAAACACAUUCAGAUCGCAAACCCUGCAUUCUAAGAUGUUCUGUGCAAAGAUAAGGUUUUACAUUUUGCUUUAAACAGCUGCGAGUGCAAGAACCCAUGACGGUGCUUGCGAUUAAUUUAGAAAUCUUCCACUGAAUAUUGAACAGCGUUUUUAAUUUAAACAGCAGCUUGUCGGUUUUCUGCAGAAGCUAUUUGCGGUGUAUGUCUUCCGUUGAACUUGUCUAGUGAACUGUAAAAUAUCUCCCCUACCAAUACUUGAAAGAAAAACCCACAUUGAAGCGGUUGUAAUAUUGCCAUAUGACUUAGCAUCUGCGUAAAUAGAAAAUUCUCGUAUGGUAGUAGAGAUUUACACCCGCUGCUAAUGUGUAGUAGUAUAAAUAACUCUUCAAACGUCAGCCUGAAUCACAGCUUUACAUACCAGCGGUGAACGUCCAUUCGUCCAACGAUGGCAGCCCAGCUCCUGGCGACGGCGUUGUUCGUAGCGUUUGUGGCGUUAAGUGGCAUCGAAGGUGCUACCGAUGCAAAGUACAAGUAUGUGGCUAUUCUGCAACCGUCCACGUUCUUCGAAGCCUGGCAAGACUGUAACAUUAAGGGAGGCCAUCUGGCUUCGAUCGAAUCGCCCCAGGAACAGGCGCGGGUCGAGAAAGCCAUGGCCAAGGCGCGAGAUCCGCGGGCCGUAUUCUUUUUCGGCGGCACGGACCUGGGCCGCAAGGGCCGCUGGAUGUGGAUCCAUUCGAACAAGCCGAUCGGUAACGGUGGCUACACGAACUUCUUCCCCGGGCAGCCCGACAAUGGUGGUGGCUCGCAGGACUGCUUGACCGUGGGCGUCGCGGACGGCUACAACCGUGGCAAAUGGGACGAUCAAAAUUGUCUGUACAGGUUGGAUGGAUACAUCUGUGCGUUCAAGUCCACUAGUUCGAGUGCGUCUUAGCAGGAUCGGUUUACUCAAGACGGGAGAUGUCCAUUGAUAGCAAUGAAAUGUGAUACGCAUAAAUCUGUUGCUGUUGUUUUGUAUGUUUAUUCGUGUCCAUAUUCGAAUAGGAUUAUAGUAGGACGUCGAUUUAAAAUACGACGAGUCCUAAUUGCUCACUAAACUGCGUAUGGUUAUCGUGAUCAUCAGCAUAAUCGUAACCGGAAGAGAGCAGUCAUGCCCACUAAAUAGAGGGAAGAAGCAAAUUAUUCGAUUCAUCCAACAGGCAGCUCGCUCAGUCCAAUGCAAACCGUUUAGUCAAUUAUGUAAAUGACUUUCAGCACGAAGCAGACCAACAGGCGAGAGAGCUAGUUCAGCAUUCUGCUGAAAAGACGGAAGAAGGUGGGCUUACGACCACCGAGACUAUGAUAUUUUAAUAACCGAUUGCAAACACCUUCUUCCCGACUAUGAUAUCCGACCGUAUAGCCAGGGUGAAAGAGGUCCCUCCGGGAACCGGGCAACAGGCACUUAUCAUAAACAUGACGGGUGUAUCAUAAAUCUUGCCCUAGCGUUGUCAUAAUUAUCGUCCUUUCCGUCCUUGUUGCGUUCUUGCGUUCUCCGGCCCCCGAAUGGGGUAAAUGAAUGAGGUCUCAAUAAUUAGAUACAGUCGAACUUUUGCUGGGUUGAGCAUCGUUUCCAUCAUCUUGGCACGUUCUGGGAACGCGGUGUCGGUGAAACGGAUCCUUACGGAUUCCCCCCCCCCCCUCGUACG